GGGUAAAGCUCCAAUGAAACCGAAGGCGACGAACCGCGAUCGUGCGAGCAGGACGAAACUGCUGGAAAAGGCAAAGGCAGCCAGCAAAGCGGGGAAGGGAAAGGAUUCUGAGAAACCAUCAACGAGCCUGCACAAAGUCACUAAGAAGCGGGGGACCACUGGUACGCACACGAAAAAAGCUUCGAAGCGCAAGUAUAUUGCUGAAUCCGAUGAGGACGACAUUGAAGCUGAUCCUAGCUAUCCGGACGCAGAGGACAAUGAAGACUUCAAGAAAUCCAAGCAAGAAUUGUAUCAGUUCAACAGAAAGCCGUUUGAGACCUUCGAGGUCUUCCUCAGUGAUCUUGUCAUGGCGAAACCUUUCCGUUUCGUCAAUAAAAAGGCGCGGGAAUACCACAGGUACAAAUCCCGUCUAACUGCUGAGUUUGAGUCGGCCAAGGUUAUCGCAUUUGGAGCUUCCGUCGUGGAUGUAGAGCCAGUAGAUCCCAAAGCCUACGAAAAAGCUCGCAAGCGCCUAUCAAACCGAGAAACUGUUCCCUUCCUAGAAGGCGUAAAGCUUCGCCCUUUAAACCGUAUGGUUGGACUCCAGAUACUUCGUUCUUUGGACGUUAAAAGAAAGAAAAUGGAGCGGAACUUAGAAGACGGAAAAAAAAGAAAGGGUCCGAUGAUUAUUCGCGUCAACGUCAUCGACUCGCCGCUGACAAACAAUUUGGAUCGCUAUGGCUACCAGAUAGCCGACCCUGAGUUAAAUUUCGACCAGUUCCCCGCUACAGCAGUUGAUUACGUCUUUACUGCAAUCUAUAUGGUCAUCGCGAAAAGUGACAACAAGGAAGAGGAAGACGAGAUUACUGAGGAUAUGGUUAUGCUUCAUCUCGCAAACACGUAUUUCAAAAUUCGGCGCAGUACGAUACGUAACGAGAAGUCGCCUGCGACUAUUGACAAAAUUUUGACUGGAAACUUCGUGAGAAUGAUGACUGAUGUUACUUGGAACUGCUUUAUUAAGACCAUCUUCGAGCUCCGCAAUUCCGAACACUUGAAAAUUGUUGUGAAUUUCUUGGCACUGUUUGAGAAGCGCUCCCAUAACCUAGAACAGAAAAAGAAGAAAUCACGUCGCCAAGACUUAGCUGAAAGUUUGGCCACGGAAACAGUUUGGCCGAUUCCAUAUGAAGCUUUCCAGUGCCUAAACUCCUUACCUGUCCAACUUCAGUUAAGAAUAAUGAAAAAGUUGACGUCCUACCGGAAUGCUCUACAACACUUCGGUUUUUUCCUUGGCGUAUAUAAAAGCGCCGCCGCGUCAGUCGUGCCAAAAAAAAAUACCAUCUGACGCGGAAAGAACAUCAUGAUGGAUUUAGUAUUCACCUUCUAAUUCCCUGGAUUCGAGGGGAAAUACCGCGCUUAUUAAACCUCAAGUUCCGUCCCGCACUUCUGCGACGUAAUAUCGACGAACGUCCGAACCCCCAAUGCGAAAUGGAUCUCGAACCUGGUGACGACGAUCCUGAUGUGUCGACAAUUUGUUUUGAAUGGAGUGCUCGCUACGCAGAUAAGGUUUUCUUAGAGGACCUUUCGCGCAAGCCUGAAAAUCCAUGCGCAUCGAUGGGCGAGACCCUGCCGACUGUUGUUCGUCAUAUUGACAAACUACUUUGUUCUGGCGAUGUGGGAAGAAUUGGUGAAGAGCUAAAGCAAGCCGGAUGUGUGGUUUUGGACGAAGUCCAGAGUGCCUCUAGAAGUCUGUCCUUGAUGGCCACACAUGAUACACCGGUUUCCGAUAUUUACGAGUGGAACAAAAUCAUUAACAAGGCGUCUCCUUUCGAUUCCGAAUUCAACAAUUUGCUUUCUGCUGAUUUCCUAUCCGUGCGGGUUGAAUCAUAUAUUAAAGUCACUGAUUCGACGAAGCAGCAGAAGAUCACGGACCAAGUCCGGGCGAAAUUAGGCGAUAUUUACCAGCAUUUCGGAGAGCAUACGUACCCAACCAGUUUCGUCCAAUUCGACGGCGGAUAUGAGCUAUACUUCGAUCAGGACAACUUGCUGCAGCCAACUACAGCCUACCUUGAUUCCCCCUGGGCGAUACCCGAGCUCCACAUUACGCGUGAACAUGCUGAGAAGUUUCGGGAAGAGGGUUCCAUGGGGAAUAUGGUACCGUUUGUGAGCCUCGUGUGUAUACUUGCGCGGAAGUGGUAUCCCAAGCUGGGCGGAUGCGAUGCCAUGCUUAAACUUAUGUGCAACAUCGACGCCAACCUAUUUAUGAAAGGUGAUCGUGGCAUCCAACUCCUGGUUGUUGGCUUGCAUGUUGUAACCUUUGCAAGAAUUCGAAGCAUUGAAGGAAACCAGCGUUAUUAUUACUGGGAUACCAUGAACAAACCUCCACCUGAAGAACUUUAUAGAAUUUUUGCAGCAUUGACAGGCCUGCCUAAAAAAAGUUGUCUUAAAAUCACCCAGUUUUAUGUGCAACAGCAGAAGGAGAACGAGUGCCUUCCCCUUGCCAGUGCACUUAUGCUUGAAUUUGCGGCAGAAAAGAAUGUCCGUACGGUUAAUUUCGUCUUAGAAACCGUUCCGGAAGAGCUGUUAUUAGCUUAUAGAACGAAAAAGCGUCCCCAAUUUUUGUACGGUCCGGACAAUACUAAGCCAGUGACAGAUUUGGAAAAAGAACAUACCGUACAAUUGCCCGCAGUUUUCGCAAAGUUGGACUCUCGCU